UUCCGGUGUUGUGAUGAUGAACGUCCCUGCCAACAUGGCGGUCAGCAUCCGCGGGCGUCCGACCCGGAGUGUACGGAUGAGAGGUCGGAAUGACAGCGGGGAGGAGAAUGUACCGCUGGAUCUUACGCGGGAACCCUCCGAUAACCUGCGCGAGAUCCUUCAGAACAUCGCCAAAUCUCACGGGGUUUCCAACAUGAGGAAGCUUGGCCACCUGAACAACUUUGUUAAGCUCCUGAACAGUGUAAGUCACUGUGAAGAGAAAUUAGGAUUUACAUAUGAGGAAAUCAUCAUUUGUCUGCGUGUGGCGUUGCUGAAUGAGGUGAAGGAGGUUCGGGCUGCGGGUUUGAGAGCACUAAGGUAUCUGAUCCAUGACAGCAGCGUCCUCCAGACACUUCUUCAACUGCAGGUGGAUUACCUGAUCUCCAGGUGGGAAGACAGAGAAGCUCGUUUUUUAGCCAGUAAAAUGGCCAUCAUUGCAGCCUUCCGCUCGUGGUCAGGUAUUAUCAACCUGUGUAAAUCAGGGAACUCAGGGGUCCAGUCUUUGAUAGGCCUGCUCUGUAUACCAAACAUGGAAGUCAGGGCCAAUACGAUUCUUCCUCACUCUCACAGUCAUCAUCUGCACUGUCUGCCCACGCUAAUCAACAUGGCUGCUUCCUUUGACAUCUCUCAGGAGAAACGGCUGCGUGCCAGUGCAGCCGUGAACCACCUCAAGCGUUUCCACGAAAAGAAACGUUGUGGCCCCAAACCUUACAGUCUUUACCUGGAUCACAUCCUGCGCAGGACGUCCAACUCCACUCACAAGAGAGAGCAGCACCAGCGUCUACAGAAGGACAUCUAUAUUAUGAAGGACACUGAAGAGGCGCUGAUGAUGAACUUGAGGGACAGUCAGAUCCUCAGUCACAAACAGAACCUGGACUGGAACUGGAUUCUGAUCAUCACUAUACUGAAGUGGCCAAAUGUGAACCUCAGAAACAACAAGGACGAGCAGAUGCACAAGUUUGUAAGGAGGUUGCUGUAUUUCUAUAAGCCCAGCAGUAAGCUGUACUCGGCUUUGGAGCUGGAUCACGCCAAAGCCAGACAGCUGACGGUAGCGGGCUGCCAGUUUAACCAGUUCCUCUUGGAUUCGGAGGACGACGGUCAGGCUUAUUUAGAGGAGCUUGUGAAGGAUACCGUCCAGUGGCUCACAUCCUCUUCUGGGCUUAAAUCUGAACGCAGUCUCCAUAGCAACGGCCUCCUCAGCACCCUCAGUCAGCACUACUUCCUGUUUCUGGGUACUCUGUCUGCAAAGCCAGCUGGAGUCAAAAUGCUGGAGAAAUGUGGCGUUUUCCAGUGUCUGUUGAGCUUGUGCUCGAUGAAAAACCAGGAUCACCUGCUGAAACUAACGGUCUCCACUCUGGACUACAGCAGAGACGGACUCGCUCGAGUCAUUCUGUCCAAGAUCCUCACAGCGGCCACUGAUAACUGCCGUCUGUACGCCACCAAACACCUGCGCGUGCUGCUGCGUGCUAACGUUGAGUUCUUCAGUAACUGGGGGAUGGAGUUGCUUGUCACACAGCUGCAUGACCACAACAAAACUGUCUCCAUGGAGGCACUGGACAUCCUGGACGAAGCCUGUGAAGAGAAGGCCAACCUGCACGCUCUGAUCCACAUGAAACCUGCUCUGUCUCACCUGGGAGAGAAAGGCCUUCUGCUGCUGUUGAGGUUCCUGUCCAUCCCAAAAGGCUUCUCUUACCUCAAUGAAAGAGGCUAUGUCAACAAACAGCUGGAUAAAUGGCAGAAGGAGUAUAAUCUGAAGUAUGUGGACAUGAUUGAGGAGCAGAUGAAUGAAGCUCUCACAACAUACCGCAAACCUGUCGACGGAGACAACUACGUUCGCCGCAGCAACCAAAGGUUACAGAGGCCAAAUGUGUUUCUCCCUGUGCAUUUAUAUGGGCAGUUGGUCCAUGAUAAAACUGGCUGCCUGCUGCUGGAAGCUCAGGGUGUUAUCCCGGAUCUUAGCUACACAGUCCGUUCUCCAGUGUUGGAUAAAUGGGAGGGCAUUAAACAGCUGAAGGCAGCGCUGUGGGCUCUGGGCAACAUUGGCAGCUCAAACUGGGGUCUGAACCUCCUACAAGAGGAGAACGUGAUUCCAGAUAUUAUUGCUCUGGCUCAGCACUGUGAGGUUCUGUCCAUACGUGGUACGUGUGUGUAUGUGCUGGGUGUGAUCAGCCGCACGCGGCAGGGCAGUGACGUGCUGAAGGCUUUGGGAUGGGACUCUGUCCGGCACAGCCGCAGGCAGCAGUGGCCCGUCGUCCCUGAUGAAGUGGAUGCUCCGCUACCCAGCGAACUGUCAUCUGUGCCCAGCACGCUCAGCCUCAACUCUGAGUCCACCAGCUCACGCCACAACAGCGAGAGUGAAAGUCAGCCCAGUUUGUAUUUCAUGGACGAUGACCGUGAGGGUUUGGACAUGUACGAGGCCUCUUCUCUCGGUAUACACACAAAAACCUUAAAGGACAGAAGCCCCUUCACCAUCCUGACCCCUUCGCAUCUCCGAAACCGCUUUCUGAACUCCCUGUCUCUCCCCAGUAAGAAGGGACGGAGCCCCAGUGACACUAAAGGCACGACAAACGCGGCAAAAUCUCCCGAGGAGCUCCGGCUCAUGCGGCGCAACCGGACCAUAACAGAGCCCUCGAACUACUCUCCAGGCCACUCAGGGCAGAGCGAGGUUUUUUAUAAUGGCAAUCGCAUGCCUCACAGCCCAACGGUCAGCCUCGAGACUUCAUUUGUGGGUAUUAAAGCACUAGCAGAGCCGUAUGGCACCGAGGGAUGCUCUGAUUUGGAAGGCAGAGGUCAACAUAAGGCCGUGACCCCGGGUGACGGUCAGAGGGAGCGGAGCAGCAGGGAGCAUUUGACCUGCGACGGUGCGUCUGUAAUGCCCGGCGGCGGCACGUUGAAGAGCCGCAGUCAUAGCUUCAACACAGACACGACCACCAGUGGCAUCAGCUCCAUGAGCUCCUCCCCCUCCCGAGAGCCCGCCGCCUCCAUCGCCAUGGAUACGGACUGCGCCAGCCUCAACACGGUGGUGAGCACCAAAACUGUGAAAAUGCAACACUCGCUCAGUCCUCAGUCCAACCACAAUCACAUCCUGUUGUCCAAGUCUAAUUCCACCUCGCUAGUUCUUCCCGGGUCGGCGCACACGCUGCCGCGCAGGGCACACUCGCUGAAGUCGCCCUCCGUGGCCACCAUCAAGAGCCUGGUGGACUGCAGCUACAUCUACACGAGCCCGCGUGACGCGCUGGGAUAUGCCACGCUGAAACGCCUGCAGCAGCAGAGGAUCCACCCGUCUCUCUCACACAGCGAAGCGCUGGCGUCUCCCGCUAAAGACGUGCUGUUUACAGAUACCAUCACCAUGAAAACACGCAGCCUCGACUCCCGGCUCACGCCACAACCUUGUCGUGGUCCUCCACUGAAGCCGCAGAUGAGUAUAACAGAGCUGUUAAACAGCAGCCGGUCGGAGCAGCAGCACCUGCUGGGAGCCGAUGAGAGUACAGGCCUACAGGAGCACACGGAGCAGAACUGCCUCUACUGCUGCGCCAUCACCGUCCUCGGCUCACACACACACAGCCACCUGAACAACACACACACACGCACAGAUCUGUCUGAUGGUUUCUCUCAGUGGCACAGCCAGUCUUCCCAUAAUCACCUGGAGGUGGUCGCCCAGUCCAAGUUCUCGGGGAUCUCUGGCUGCAGCGACGCGGCCGUCAGUCAGGGUUCGGCCAGCAGCACUCCCAGCACAGAGCUCAUACUGGGUGGAAAGGCGAUAUCUGAGGACGGCCCGGCCUGCAAAGUUCUGCUGAGGAAAGAGGUUCUGCGACUCGUCAUCAACCUCAGCUCUUCAGUCGGCACCAAAGGACACGAAACCGGACUGCUCACGAUAAAAGAGAAGUUCCCAUUCACAUUUGAUGACAUCUGCCUGUACUCUGAGGUCUCCUUCCUGCUGGCCAACUGCAUGUUUCGUCUGGCCUCACGCCGCUUCAUCCAAGAGCUCUUCCAGGAUGUGCAGUUCAUUCCGGUACGGCGUCUCUCCUGAAAGCCUCUAUAACAAAUCUCA